AUGGCAAUUGCAGUUGUGUUGUCACACUGCAAUGGUGUUGCUUCAGUUUGUAACUCCCCAAAAUUUUCAAGACUGUGCAUAAACCUAGCAAGGAGAAUAGCAACAUACAUUAUAUCUGGCCAAGUGGCAGUAAGGUAUAACAGACUUCCCACAAUUCUUCUAUAUUGUUCCUCACUUGCAGGUCCACUGCCAUCAUUCUUGCUUAGCUUAUCUGAUGAAAAAUACAUCCGAAUGAACACAAAGUUGCUCUGUAAGUUGACUACAGCUGCUGACAGCCUCCAACUAAAACCAUUGGUGGAUCUUACUAGUCGUGCUCUUGCACGAAUAAUUGAAGGGAAAACACGUGAGGAGAUACGUGAAAUAUUUCAUCUCCCUGAUGAUCUUACAGAGGAAGAGAAGUUGGAGCCUUUGAAAAUUUCAACUGAUGAUCCACGCAUCCGGCUUUUGAAUCGAUUAUAUACAAGAAAGAGGAGGGAACUUCAGGAAAGAGAGAAAUUGAAGAAUGCCGAGCUCGAAGAAGAGCAAAACGAUGAACGUUCAGUUGAUGAUCUCUUGACAUUCAUUAAUGGAGAAAUUGGAGAUUCCAAAGGGAUUAAAACUUCCAAGAACAAAAAGAAGAAUCGCAGGAGAAAAGAUCAGCAGAAAAGCACGUGUCUAUAUGAGGCCAAUGAGAUCCAUGAGGUGUCGAGCAAUCUUAACUUUGCUUGCCCCAGUGAUGAACUCAACAAAUUUAUGCCUAGUUCUAGUUUGACAUUAAGGCUACAAGAUCUAAAGGAUGAUAGGGUGGAGGACAUGAUUGGGUUUGAUGAUGGUGAUAUUGAUGAUGAGAUUGAUCCGGCAUUGAAGGAAAAAACUGAUAGGGAGGUUGAAGAUUUUGCUCGGAGGUUAAAUUCAGACUGGCCUGAAAGGAUGCAAGAGAUCCUAUCUUUGAGUCAGGAAAGGAGGCCUGUACCAUUUUCCAUUAAUGGAAACGGUUCAUUCAGAAGAUAUGCUUGUAUGCUCUCUUUCUCCUUACUUUUUUGUUCCCUUCCGAAAGCUUCUACCAUUGUUUUUUUCCUGAUACAUAAAACCCUUGUCACAUAAGUAAAUCUGUGCUAAGGUAUUUUUGUUACUUUCUUUUGGUAAGUAAGGUUACAAAUGCUUUACAUGUUUCUCCUUUCAAAUGGCUUUUGAACCUAAUGACGUGCCAUGUUCCUUGAGACCAAGGGUGGAGGGCGAGUGCUAAUCCCACUGGGUCUGUGAAACUUACCUAUGCAACCCGAAAAGAAAUUGUUUUCACCAUUCCUCCUUACUAUAUGAUAUCCAUAAAGUAUGUAGUUGUCGAGUGAAAGCUGGAAAGUAUAAUCUGCUUCCCUGUCUCCUACAUGUGGUUUUCCAAAAUCUCCUUCUUUUUUUUCCAUGGGCUGAUGAAUAUUAUUCAUUAGAUUAUCUUUUCGUAUUCUUGGUUAUUCAUAGUUGGCCGUUCUGUUUGUCAUGUUAUAAUUUUAUCAAGUGAGAGGAAUUGAUAUUGAUAUCGAUAUUGCCCCCCUUCCCUGUUCACUUAGUUGGCUGUGCAUUAGCUAUUUGACAAGUGAUAUUCCCUCACUCAGACAAGCUUAAUUCCACUAGUAUUGUAACAAUCCUGAAUGUUUGAUCAACGUUUGAAUACAUUGUAUAACAUCUCUUUCUUCUGAAUCGUAUGUUAUUCACCGAAGGAUCAGAACAAGAGACAAACAUUAAACUCAAGAGCACUUAUUCAGCAUUACAUUCCCGGUUACUCAUCUUACCACUCGUGCAUACUGGAUUACAUCCAGAGUGGAAACGGCUCGAACAAAACUCUUAUCGGCCAAAGGCUGGAACAAUUUUGACCAGAUGCUAACAGGCUACCAAGAGUUCCUAUUCUCAUUUAUUUGGACCCAAACAUAAUUAUUCUUCCCCUUCAUAAUUUAAUCUUCUUCUUUUGUUGGGGUAAUUAGCUGGGGUUGGAUUUUGGGGGCAACUGUUUGUAUGUUAGGGCAACAAAUAAAUCAAAAAAUAAUACUUCUGCCCCUAUUUUUAUGAGCCAAACUUGUCCGUUUAUCACGAGCUUGUAUGAGGUUACACGAACUUUGUCGUCUCACUU